GACCUGCCAAUUUCAUGCUCUUCGUUUUCUUUAGACAUGGUCAUUUUAAGAGAGAGGGAGCCAAGAGUUUUUAUGCGGGAAGUUUAGGUCAGCCAUGCCACUGCAGGCCUUCUCCUUCCCUGUCCACGAAACUCGAUGCUUCAAAGCUGGUAGUUUCAUCUACAAGUUCAGGAUCAGAGGAGGCAGCAGCUACAGUGGAGAGGAGGUUAUGGGAGGAAGCUGCUUCAAUCAGGAACUGGAGGAAAUUAUCAGAACUGUUCUCGGCAACCUGGACGCCCUCCAACCCUUUUCUAGUACCCACUUCAUUGUCUUCCCUUAUAAGAAGCGGUGGGAGGGAGCGUCUAAGGUAAUGUGCAGAAAUGGCGAGAGAAGGCUGAGAGUCUACCCGUUUGUUCUUAUCCUCUACCUGGAGAAAAACGUGCUGAAUGAAAAGCAAGCAGAGAAGACGUUGAGCCCAGAGAAAGAGGUCGCACAGCGAUUCCCCUCUGUUUGUGAGCCAGAGUCAAAGCGCUGUAAAAGACAUUCACCACUAGAGGAGGCCAUAGUAAAGGACUUAAUCAAUGACUUGGAGGCUGAAAGUGAGGUUUCUGUGGAUGGGCUGCAUGUGGACAAUCCUCGUGCAGGGAGAGAGGUCAAGGAAGGUCCAGGACAUGCUGACAAGAAAGGGACCAAGAGGUUUGAGGAACCCCAGCAGACAUCCGGUGUCAGCACAGGAAGUGGGACUUCAGGUGAAGUGCAUUCUGGGACAACACAGGACAUGGGGGAGGAGGAGGGCGAUGAGGAGGGAGACAAUGCAGAGUCUGUCUCUGGGACACCUGUGGAGCCAGGGAUUCUGACUCGACUGGCAAGCCAUAUCUUCCCCCUGUCCUUGUUCUUCAGAGACACCUGAGAGCCGUGGCAGAGAGACAGGAGAGGAAACUCACUGGGGUUUGUUUUGGUUAAAGUUCUGCAGUGCAAAUAGAAAAGUGUUUCAGUAUUUCAUAGAUUUGUUUUUUGAUCUUUUAUAUUAAUGUCAUUAAUAACAUUACAUUAAUUUAUUUAAAAACUAUUGCCACUGAGCUCCAAGGUCUGUUUUUUACUUCAGGAUUUUUUAUUGUAGCUCUUAAUUGAUACCAUUAGCAAAUAAAUAUUGUUCUUAUUCCAUU